AUGGCCGCUGAAAGAAAUGUGGAGUUGGGGUUUGUCGAAGAAACAGAGAAAUUCCUUCUGAAAAGUAGAUUCUUCCCGAGCAAAGUAGGUGGUGUACCUGCGUGGCUGUCACUGAAUCCACUUCCGAGCGCUGAGGAGCUGACAUGUCGUGUUUGUUCGAAACCAACCGUGUUUCUUCUACAGGUUUACGCACCAGAUUCGUCAACAAGUUUCGCUUUCCAUCGGACAGUUUUCAUAUUUAUUUGCCGCAAUGAUAACUGUUGUAAAGCGAAUUGCGCAGACAAUUUGAUUGUGCUCAGGUCUCAGCUACCAAAAGUAAACGAUUUUUUUAGAAGCCAGCCUCCUGCAGAGGUUCCCAUUGAAAAUGAGAUAGAUGCCUCUAAAUAUGCCAAGCUGUGCAGGGUGUGUGGGGGUGUUGGACCUAAAACUUGUGGGAAGUGUGGGUGUGUGUCAUACUGCAGUAAAGAGCAUCAGGCCGUUGACUGGAAAGCUUACCACAAAAGGGAGUGUUCAACGAACAAGACAGAUUUAAAAGCGGAAAAAUCGUAUGCAGUCUUAUUCCCAGAAUUUGAAAUUGUCACUGAAACUGAAAUUUACACACCAAAGAAGGACGCUGGUCAGACUAGUGAAGAAGAGAAAAUGAGGCAAUACAAAGAGUUCUUGGAGUCAAAUAAGGGCAGCGAUUUUUCCACAAGUUUUCCAGAGAAAGAGCUCCAAAGUAUGGCUAGUCAGGAGACAGUUGAUGACAAACAAAUUCGGAAGUUUAAAGAGAGGAUUUCUGCUGAACCAGAUCAAAUAUUGCGCUAUGACAAAGGUGGUGAACCACUAUGGAUCAGCCAAUCAACGUGUCCAGUUUCAAUCCCUGACUGUUCCUGUGGUGCUCCCAGGCAGUUUGAGUUCCAGGUGCUACCCCACUUGUUGUCUCAUCUCCAAGUUGAUAAGCUGGGUACCAGCCUGGAUUGGGGCACACUCUGUGUAUAUACCUGCUCCAACAGCUGUGAUGUGGGGAACCAGUAUGUGAAGGAAUACAUCUUCAAGCAGGACGUUGUGUGAACAGGAGGGUAGGGUUGCAUGCUUUAAACAGAAGAGCCCUUUUGCGUACUGUAAUAAUGUAUCAUUGUGUUAUUGUUUAAUUCAGGACGUUGUGUGAAUGGAAGGGUAGGGUUGCUUGUUUAUAAAAAAUAGGGCCCAUUUUCAUGCUGUAAUAGUGUUACUUUCUGUAAUCUUGUGGUAUUGUUUGAUGCAUUACAUUUCGUAUGGUUUUGGAAUGUGUAUGUUUUCAAUUGAUGAAAUAUGUAAUGUAAUUGUUUUUAUAUCUUUAAUAGCCAAAAGAAACUAGUUAUAUUUUUCGUAUUUAUAACAUAUGAAAAGGGACAAAAACAGGUUGGGGUUGCACUGCAGGUAAAACCCUAACAAAAGCUAUAGAAGUGAUUCUUCUACUGUUAGAUGGAACAAGACGAACAUUAGUACAAUUAUCAGAUAGUAUCUUGUUGAUACUGUGGAAUGUUGUUUUUGGUGAAAAUGAAAUAGUUGUUGUUAAAUUAUGAAUACUGGUGAAUGGGAAUAGUGAAAUAUUUAA